AUGCGAUUAAACAUCCCCCAUGUAUUCCGUGGGACUCGACAAGUGAACUAUGGUGCCCAAAUGCUUAGCGACUUGUUGGAGAACACUCACGAGAAAGACUCGUUUGAUUUGGGUGCGGAUCUGCAUGGGCCUCAACGAUGCACCCGGGUUGCUACGGUACCCUCUCCCUAUGCUGUCUCAUGGGGGCUACGGUGA